AUGACAAUUAGCCUUGCAUCACGAUUUGCUAACGACCUUCUUAGGCUUCUCAAGUCGUCUUCAGCACUACGACAGAAACUGCAGGCUUUGUUCAUUCCAACGCUGACGAUGCCCGUGCAAACUGAACUUGUCGGUGACGCAUCCGCUUUCCGUGACGAGGUUCUUGGACAUUUGGACGCUGCAGUCUCGUCACUUCCCUCCACAGACGACGCUAUUAUCGCUGGUUAUAAGGCAGUUUAUGAUAUCGCGGCCAACAAGCUUCUCCCAUCUUCCUCUGGCCAAGUCGAAUUGUUGUUGGCUUUGAUGGGAACUGCCUUUGGAAAGGACACGAUCUCUGUCCAAGCAGCCUUGCAGAGGCCAUUCAGUCACGGAAGAUUGUACAUCAACUCUUCCAACCCCUUGGACGCACCAGUGAUUGACCCACACUAUAUGGCUCACCCUUCCGGUAAGAAAUGCCCCAUUUAUCCAGAAGAAUCGGUUCUAAUCAAUUCUAUAGACCUUAUCAUGUUACGUGAAGGAUUGAAGUUGGCCCGUACUGUCGGACAGACAGAACCCAUCAAGAACGUGAUCACUGGCGAAUUGUCGCCCGGUGCUAACGUCACAACAGACGAGGAAUGGGACGCAUGGAUCCUCAAUGAUUUCCACACCGAGUACCAUCCCUCGUGCAGUUGCUCUAUGCUUCCAAAAGAAAAGGGUGGUGUCGUUGACGCCAACUUGAAGUUCGCCGCACACAUGAUGGCACCUACUUAUGGACUUGCUGAACAAGCCGCCGACAUGAUCAAAUUAAAAUAUGGAAGUACCAGCUCUUCCUCCGGUAAUAACAACUCAUCCGGCAACAACAAUUCUCAUUCUUCCGGUGCUUUGUUAAGCUUUUCUGGACCUUCGCUCUCCUUGACUGGAACUAUGAUUGGUCUCAUCUUCUCAUUCCUCCUCGCUUAA